AUGGUCUCUAUUCCAAUUGACGCGCUCACUUCGCGUUUUGGCGAUCGUUUCAACAGCUUUCGCAGCACCUCUUUGAGCUCACGCUUCGCCAAUCUACGCCCGAUUUCUGAGUUCCUCGACAUCAAGCGUGUAUCCAAGCCCGCCAACUUCGCCGAAGCUCAGAGCCGAGUCAAUUACAACCUGGCUUAUUUCUCCAGCAAUUAUGCUGUUGUGUUCGUGAUGCUCAGCAUUUACAGCUUACUGACAAACAUGUGGCUAUUGUUCGACAUGAUCUUUGUGAGCUGUGGUCUCUGGGGAAUCAACAUGCUACAAGGUCGGGAUCUGGAUCUGGGCUUCGCUCGCUUCACCACUUCGCAGCUCUACACCGGACUACUCAUCAUCGGUGUGCCCGUCGGCAUCUUCUCCUCUCCCUUCACAACCGCCCUGUGGUUGAUUGGCGCAACCGGCGUGACCGUUUUCGGCCACGCCGCUUUUCUGGAUAAACCGAUCGAGAAUGCUUUUUCCGAGGAGGCGGUCUAG